AUGGGCUUACAUUUCAAGUGGCCAUUAGGGGCCCCUAUGCUGGCAGCAAUAUAUGCAAUGAGUAUGGUUUUAAAAAUGCUGCCUGCCCUGGGUAUGGCGUGUCCACCCAAAUGCCGCUGUGAGAAGCUGCUCUUCUACUGCGACUCUCAGGGCUUCCACUCAGUGCCAAACGCCACAGACAAGGGCUCUCUGGGCCUGUCCCUGAGGCACAAUCACAUCACAGAGCUCGAAAGGGAUCAAUUUGCCAGCUUCAGUCAACUUACCUGGCUCCACUUAGACCACAAUCAAAUUUCAACAGUAAAAGAAGACGCUUUUCAAGGACUGUAUAAACUUAAAGAAUUAAUCUUAAGUUCCAACAAAAUAUUUUACUUGCCAAACACAACCUUUACCCAACUGAUUAACCUGCAAAAUUUGGACCUGUCUUUUAAUCAGCUGUCAUCUCUGCACCCAGAACUCUUCUAUGGCCUUCGGAAGCUGCAGACCUUGCAUUUACGGUCCAACUCCCUGCGGACUAUCCCAGUACGCCUGUUCUGGGACUGUCGUAGUCUGGAGUUUCUGGAUUUGAGCACAAACCGUUUGCGAAGUUUGGCUCGCAAUGGAUUUGCGGGAUUAAUCAAACUGAGAGAGCUUCACCUAGAGCACAACCAGCUGACGAAGAUUAAUUUUGCUCAUUUCCUACGGCUAAGCAGUCUGCACUCGCUCUUCUUACAAUGGAACAAAAUCAGCAACUUGACGUGUGGGAUGGAGUGGACCUGGGGCACUUUAGAAAAGCUAGACCUGACUGGAAAUGAAAUCAAAGCCAUCGACCUGACAGUGUUUGAAACGAUGCCUAAUCUUAAAAUACUCCUCAUGGAUAACAACAAGUUAAACAGCCUUGAUUCCAAGAUCUUAAACUCCCUGAGAUCCCUCACAACCGUUGGCCUCUCUGGCAAUCUGUGGGAAUGCAGCCCUCAAAUAUGUGCUUUGGCCUCCUGGCUGGGCAGUUUCCAAGGUCGGUGGGAGCAUUCCAUCCUAUGCCACAGCCCUGACCACACCCAAGGAGAGGAUAUACUAGAUGCAGUCCAUGGAUUUCAGCUCUGCUGGAAUUUAUCAACCACUGUCACUGCCAUGACCACAACUUAUAAAGAUCCAACCACUGAAUACACAAAAAGAAUAAGCUCAUCAAGUUACCAUGUGGGAGACAAAGAAAUCCCAACAACUGCAGGCAUGGCAGUUACUACUGAGGAACACUUUCCUGAACCAGACAAUGCCAUCUUCACUCAGCGGGUAAUUACAGGAACAAUGGCUUUAUUGUUUUCUUUCUUUUUUAUUAUUUUUCUAGUGUUCAUCUCCAGGAAGUGCUGCCCUCCCACUUUGAGAAGAAUUAGGCAGUGCUCAGUGAUUCAGAACCACAGGCAGCUCCGAUCCCAAACACGACUCCACAUGUCAAACAUGUCAGACCAAGGACCAUAUAAUGAAUAUGAACCCACCCAUGAAGGACCCUUCAUCAUCAUUAAUGGUUAUGGACAGUGCAAGUGUCAGCAGCUGCCAUACAAAGAAUGUGAAGUAUAAUAUCUACUCAUCAUCAAA